GCGCACUUUAUAUGGAUUACACCGGGACCUCCGAAAACGUAGAUCGAGUCUAGGCUAUAAGCGUGUAGGACAUAAGCAGGUCCUCCGAUCUGAUUUCGAGAAACAUGUAUACUUUAGUCAGUUGACGGGAUUUAACAGGAAUUUGAUGGGUUUUUCUUUCCCAGGAAGCAAAAUUUGCAACCGUCUAGCGGAGCUCAGUACAGUCUGGCGACACACUCUUGUAGUGAAGGCGCUCUAGCUGGCUUUCUACUGAUACUAUGUAUAGAGCAGUGCACUCCAUGUGCAGUCCUGGCUGUGUUUACAUAGGAAUUCUGGGGAAUGCUAUGGAAUGCCGAAAAUGUUAGAGCAGGAGCCUCCGCCCUGGAUUGAAAUACUAAGUAGAAGCAGGGAGCAGGUCCCAGACCUUAGGGGUGUGGAUCCUGAGACCUGCAUGAUUGUCUUCAAAAAUCACUGGGUACAGGUUUUGCGGGUCCUGGAAAAGCACGGUUGCCAUGACGGCCUGCGACUUGGCCCAGUCCCGGGUGACGAGACAAGCACCGUGCAGAACUAUGUGGAGCACAUGCUCUUCCUGCUGGUGGAGGAAGAGAGUGGCGUGGGUGGCGCUAUGGGCCCCAUCCUGGAGUUCGUGGUGGUGGAGAACGUGAUGGAGAAGCUCUUCCUGUGGAGCCUGCGCCGCGAGUUCACCGACGACGCCAAGCUGGAGCAACUGCACAUGUACCAGAUGCUGGUUGGCUGGGCUCGGCAGCCCCUGCUGCACCACAAGCCUGUGCUCAGGCCCCUCACCAUGCUCCUGGCUGCCUGCUCGGGCCCCUCCUGCGCAGUGCAGCCUGCCUGUCACCCAGCCCGGAGCGCCGAGGUGGAGGUGGAGCUGGUGCAGCUGUUGUGGCGGAUGUGCCACGUGCUGGUGCGCGACCCCACCGUGCUGGAGCUCCUUUUCCACAGCAACCAGGACCAGGGUGCGGCCAACUUCCUCGUCUUCUCGCUGCUGGUCCCCUUCGUCCACCGGGACGGGCCGGUGGGUGCGCAGGCCAGGGACGCGCUGGGGCUCGUCAUGGCUCUGUCCAAUCGCAACCCCGAUGUGGCCAGUCACAUCGUCAAGAACACCUACUUCUGCCCAGUCCUGGCCACCGGGCUGAGCGGUCUAUAUUCUUGUCUCCCGGCUAAGUUGGAGAUGUACAGCAAAGGCUGGUACUGUCUGCAGCAGACAGACUGCGUGCAGGUGCCUGCUCUCAUCCACUUCCUCAACUCCCUGCAGUUCUGUUGCACGGUUUGCAAGGUGGCCCACCCCUGCAUCAGAAAUAAGCUGCUUGGUUACAUCUAUAAUGGUUUUAUAGUACCAGUCAUGGCUCCUGCAUUACAUAAGAUGACUCUCGAGGAAGUGAUGACAUCAACGGUGUAUCUCGAGCUCUUUUUACGACGCAUCACUGAUCCUGCCCUCCUCCGGAUCUUCCUCAUCUUCAUCCUCAAGCAUCGGCAUGACAAUGUACUCAUCCUUGACACACUUGUCAGCCGAAUCAACACUCCCUUUCAGUUGGGUACAGUGUCUCUCGCUCUGUUUCGCACUCUCAUUGGUCUGUACUGUGAGGAUGUCAUGCUGCAGCUUAUUCUCAGGUAUCUGAUUCCAUGUACUCACCUGCGGAGUAGCGAGCGGCACAGGCUGAGGGAGAGAGACUGCCACUCCUCCAACGCUGCGGCACUCCUCUUCCUCACUCCCUCGUUCUUCAGCCCCGAAGCCUGCCCUUCCCCAGCUCUGCCCCCUAAACCAGACUACAUCCUCUGGUCAAAGGUCACCGAAGAGCUGCUGAGGGGGAACACGGGGUGUGAAGACCUUUCAUCAGGUGGUAACGACAUUCCCCAGUCGAUGAAUUUAGUGCCCCUGUUGAGCUGGAAUUACCUCCAGUACCUGAGUGACGCCCGCAGUCUUAUCAGUACCAGUGUUCAGGCAUGCCAGGUGUGGUCCGCCCCUUACGACGGAUUUAAUCCCGCCCCCAUGGAUUAUCAGAGAGAGGAGGAGAUUGAAGAGCAAGAGGAUAGAGGAAAAAAGACAGUGAGGUACGAGGGCGGGUCACUGCUGGAGUUGGGGGACGUGCUGCCUGAGCUGGAGUGGGAUAACAGCUGCGAUGCUGGUCCACACAGCCCGGGCAACCAGCAGGUCUCUGAGACUUCCCACAUUCCAAAACGGCCUCUCCCAGAAGAGCCUCCCAGACACGUUCAGGAGAUGCAGAAACGUGCCAUCAUGCUAUUUCGGGGAUCCUAUUUUGAGGAGUCAAACUUCCAGGAUGACAUCUUGGUUUAUAAUCUCAUUGCCCAGAAAGACACACUAGACGACCCCAGAGCAUCCUUAAAAAAUACUCAGAGAAGCCAAAAGCACAACCAUUCACAUUGCGACGCACCAUCCAAAGCAAAUAACCAUGAGCAUCCUUACACAUGUGGUAACACACAGAAUCACAUAUAUGGUAAUGUAGAAAAUGAUAAUCCUAAACCAAGCCUUGAGUGUUCCUUCGAGCUGAGCCACGGCGAAAUAAAUCAAGAAUCACCAAAAUGCGUAAAGGUGUUAAAUGGACAGACGGCUGAGCAAGAGAGGGUGCAACCAGACAGUAAAACUGCUCAUUUCAACCAUAACCAGAAAGAGGCAACCGUCACGAGCCCACAGCACCAGCCAGGUCUACCCACCGAGCCCUCAGUGGGCGACACAAGGGAAGGCUUCAUUUCCCAGUCACCCCAGCUCAUCCGCACAACAGGAAGAGACGAUGAGAGCACAGCGGGAAUCGAAGUUCACUUCCAGCGGCUGACUUCACUCCUGCACGGCGAAGAGGAGGAGGCGGAUUUCGGUUCACAUUGUAACGAUGACUACGGGGAUGAGGAAGGGAGGAAUGAGCAUCCAGACUGGAAUGAUGGAGACAGAAGCAAACACGGCGUCCCGUUUACAGGUCCCUUCCUUAGCGUGCUACUGUCACGGCUGGAGAACAUGUUGGAGAACCCGCUGGAGGUGAACCUACUGGUGACGGGCAUCCUGGCACAGCUGGCAUCGUACCCACAGCCGCUGCUGCGCUGCUUCCUACUCGGCACACGUCCCACCUUCCAUCCCAGCGUGCGCUCUCUCUACCAGGUUCUGGUGUCUGUGGGUUGCCAGAUUGAGCAGUAUGCAGCGUCCAGGCCUGAAUUCACUCAGCUGGUGCAGGAUGCUGCUGUGAACCUGCUUUGCAGAGACCAGGCCAAAAUGUGCAGAGAGCAGGAUUUCCUGCUGGACUAUGGCUGGUUUCGGAACGGGCACACGCCCGUGUGCCUGCAGACAUUUCGUCCGCCCUGUCCCGAGAUUCCGCUUCAGUCCAGGAACAGAGCGUUCGCAGCCUUCCUCUAUGCCGAGUUCCUUAAAGAGCUGGCAGCCGUCGUGCAGGAACACUCCGUCCUUCCUGACUUAACCGUAGAGGAAGAGGACAUUUCCCUAACUCCUAAACAAUGCAUUUUCCACAUGCCGUCAGUAUCAACAAAACCAAAAAAUGCACAGCCUUAAUACAAUCACAGUAUGACAAUUUCUCAAUAUUCCGUUGUGUGUAUAUCAUCGAAUCCUCCAUUCUUAGGUUCUCUUUAUAAUAGCCGAUUAAACAUUUUUUAUAUCCUA